AAAAAAAAAAAUUAAAAAAAAAAACAAAUAAAAAAACAAAAAAUAAAAAUAAAACAAAAAAAAAUUUGAUUAAAAAAAAUAAAAAAAGAAAUAAUAAAAUAAAGAAAGAAAUAAACAAACUGCCAGUGAUUUUAUGAAUUCAGAUAUGAAAAACGCAAAAUGGAAACAUGUGACAUUUAGUCGAGCAUCGAGCUGAGCAUCGCGCCGAACGAUAAAAAUUAUGAUCAAACUCAAAAGAGGCAGAAAAAUAGUAAACAGAUUUCUAGAAAAAAAUAGUAAAAACCCUAAAAAAGUGCUAAUAAUAAUGAAGUUAGUUUUGGCACCGAAAGUAAUUGCAAAUAAAUCAACAAAAGUAAACAAAAAUACGAACAUUUACGGGUUUUAAAAACACUCAGUGAGUUUUAGGGCAACAAAUGAGGAAAAAGUGCAAAAAAUGUUAAGGAGAAAUAAGUAAAAAAAGUCCAUGGAAAAGUGAAUAUAUCAAAAGCACAGAAGUAUAAUAAAAAAAUAGAAACAAAAAAUAUAAAAAUACUAAAUAAAAGAAACAAAAGAAAUACAUUAAAAAAUAUAAGCAAAACAUAUAAAAAAGGAAAUAAAGCAAAGAAAGAGAAGUGCAGUAAAAAAAUUUAAAAAAUAAUUUUUAAAAUUCUAAAGUAAGUAAAAAAAAUGAGAAGUUUGACUGUAGUAAGAAAAAAUUAUGAAAAUUAAUGACGAAAUGUGUCCAGUUAAAGGAUUUUUGAAACCAAAUUAUUAAAAAAAAAAUAAUAAUUAUCAUAAAAAAAUGAGAAAAUGACCACAAAGUUAUUUUAAACCCUAAAAAAAAAUUAAAAAUGAAGACAAAGAAACUCCAAAUAAAUAUUAUAGGCAAAGUAACAAAAUAAACUGUAAUUUUUACAUUGGAAAAAAUUAAAAAUAAAGUCAAAUUAAAUUAAACCGCGAUAGAAAAACUAAAGCAAACAAUUUUUUGCAAAUAAAAUAAGAAUGUAAAAUUAUAAAGCAUGGCAAACAAAGUUCCUAAACCUUAGUAAUAAUAAUAAUAAUAAAUAUUUUACAUAUAAAUGAUGACGAGAUCGAUAGUAAAAUUUUUACCAAUUAUAAAAAUUAACCCGUAAAAAAUUAAAACGAAAAAUGGUUUACCAAGCCACUCACGAUUCAAUGCUGCUCUCGGAACAGAGUUCCACAACAAAAUAAAUUAGUUAAAAUAAAACAUAUUUUUUCAACAAUUAAAAACCAUAUAGCCAAACUCAAGUAAAUGUUAAUAAAUCUGAAAAAUAACUAAAUGAAAAGGCGAGCAGCCGGAAGUAGCGGAAGUUAUUAUACGGAAAGUAACACAAACAAAUCUGCAACAUUAUAUUGAGCAAAACUUUAACGCUUGAAAGCGAAAGCUUUAUUUGUUUGUGUUCCACUAGUAUCUGCAUAGCAUACUUGAAGGCGCACAGAAAGUAUUCGCGCCGCACACAUAACGAACAAUGAAUAUGUCACCCAACACAAUGAACUGUUGCGCUGUACUGACGCCAACGGCGGCAAGCACUCUCCUGCGACACAAUGACACGCAGCGCAUUUUGUCUUUGGCCAGCAGCCACAACAUCGCUUCGGCGCAACAGUUGGCCGAUGUGGAGGAGUUGUGCACGUGGCGUCAUAGAAGGCGACGCGGCAGUAACGACUGCAAAAGCCCCGUUCAGUGUGUAGACUCCACGUCAACGCCGCCACCAAAUGCAAGAACACCAACGCCAGCAGCGACACCGUUCUUAAUGCCGGCAGAUUUCUACAAAAGUUUGCUCGUGAGCGCAGCCGCUUUGCAGCAACAACAGCAGCAACAACAUCAACUGCAGCGACAAAGACAGUUAUAUGAAAAUGAAGUCGAGUACGAGCGUAAAUCGCCGGCAGUCUCCAAGCGUGCUGAAUCACCUAAUACUGCUCAUUUCUCACGUAAUUUCUUCUUCUCAGCGGCAGCGGCUGCAGCUGCAGCUCAACGCAGCGCUGUCGCCGCGGAACUGCCCGGCGAGGUGGCCGGGGACUCAAAUGACAGCACGAACGUUAGCAAUCAUAAGCCAAACAAUUAUUCCUGGCCCCUGGCAGCUGUCACACCACCGAGCGCAAUAGCCGCGCAAGCGAAUACAGCGACACCGACCAGCACCACUGGUUCUGCUAUAAAUCACACGUCUUCACAUAUUGCCCUUUUACCGUCUUCCGGCUCGGCCACACCGACACCUCCCGUCGGCGGAUUAGAUUUGCAUGCCGCGGUCGCUGCUGAAGCGACACACAAUUUUGAGAGCACGCUAAAGUCGCCCGCUCAACAAUCACUGUCAUCUCCAACACAGCGACAACAACACAACUCCUCGUCGGCAAGCCACCUGAGCAAUUCACAACAAUCACAGCAACAACAUCAGCAUCAGAGUUUGCAUUCGACCGGCUCGACACCCAGUUCGCCUACAGCGGUCAGUGCAGCGUCGGAAGCAGCAGCAGCAAGCACGGCCGCAGCCGUCGCCGCCACCAUGCCGAUUGGCGGCGUUCAGGGGCAAAACCCCACACAGGGUUUAGUACAUUGGAUGAGUGCUGUUAUGGCCGAACAUAUGACUGGGCAGACGCAUCACGAUCCGACAGGUGUCGGCAUGCAUUACAUGUGGAAUGGUAAUGUCGAUUGUGGACAACAUAGUAAGGAAAUUGCCGAUUAUAACGGAUGGCCAUCAGCGGCGGCAACUCGCAGCCACAUGUCAGCCAUCAAGCAAGGAUAUGAGGCUAAAAUGAACGACCAUCACAAUAACUUACAAAAAGGUCACUUUCUCGAUGAUAGCCGCCUCGUAGAUCAUCAUGCUGUUACGCCGCAGGGUAAUCACAGUGGCAUGGCAUCAGCUGCUUCUAUUUAUGGACCUAGCGCCACAUUGCGAACCAUUGCCACUUCGAACAGUAGUUCACCUGCUGGAGGAGGAGGAGGUAAUGGUGGCGGCGGUAGUUUAGUCACUGCUCCGGGUAGUCUAGGUCUUAUCGGAGCCAGCAACGGUAGCCUUGGUGGCAGUAGUGGUGUCGGUGGCGGCGGGCUUGUUGGUCUUGGCGGCGCGAGCAUUGGUGGCAUUGCGCAUCAUGCGCCGACAACGUCUAAUCACAUGGCGCAUCAUCACAGCGCAUCAACGGCUGCCUUGCUGGUGGUACCGCAGCCGAUCAAUGCAAGCAAAAUGAAUGUCACAUUGGGAGCCGGUGGCAGCGGUACAGGCAGGAAGUAUCAGUGCAAAAUGUGUCCGCAGAUUUUCAGCUCGAAAGCGGACUUGCAGCUGCACACACAAAUUCACAUGCGCGAGGCCAAACCGUACAAGUGUACGCAGUGCUCCAAGGCGUUUGCAAACUCUUCCUACCUGUCGCAACACACACGCAUCCACCUGGGUAUAAAGCCGUACCGCUGCGAGAUUUGUCAGCGCAAAUUCACCCAACUGUCCCAUCUGCAGCAACACAUCCGCACCCACACCGGCGACAAGCCAUACAAGUGCCGACAUCCCGGCUGCCAGAAAGCUUUCUCACAACUUUCCAAUCUGCAGUCGCACUCGCGUUGCCACCAAACGGACAAACCCUUCAAAUGUAAUUCCUGCUACAAGUGUUUCUCGGAUGAGCCCUCACUGCUCGAUCAUAUACCCAAGCACAAGGAGUCUAAGCACCUGAAGACACAUAUUUGCCAGUAUUGCGGCAAAUCGUACACACAAGAGACAUAUCUAACCAAGCAUAUGCAGAAGCACGCGGAGCGCACGGACAAGCGACCACCGAUCGCCGCUUUGACCGCGAGUGGUAAUGUCACCGGCGCUGGCGCGUCCUUAGGCGGCAGUGCUAACAGCGCGCCUGGCAGCAAUGUGAAUGGGGGCAAUAUGGCAGGCGGUGCUGCGGGCGGCACUAGUGGGGUUGGUAUUGGUGGUGCGGGUGUGAGCAGUUUGCCAAAUUCGAAUACACACAAUCGCCAGACGCUUGGCUUGCCGCCGGUGUCGAUAGCACCCACCGAGCAUUCGUAUUGGCCUAAGGUCAGUCCAGACUCCGCCGCAAAUAUGACAGAUGUCAUGCAUCAACAGCAACAGCAACAACACCAACAGCAGCAGCAGCAUCACCAUCAUCAACAACAGCACCAACUCGGCGGCCAGCAACACCAUCAUCAGCAGCAACAACAGCAGACGCAACAACAGCCGCCGCAACAGCAACAGCACAUGGACUUUUCGAAUGUAAAUUCAGGUGGCGGAAGUAGCGCUGGUGGCGGAGGCGGAGCCAGUGGAUCUGGUGGGCCGCCAAACGGACAUGGCGAGCUGCAAACGCAUCAUCGAAUGAGCGACAACGGUCGGGACGAAAUCGUGUCUACACCAUCCACUGUUGGACCAUACGAUGCGGCGAGUAUCACGAAGACUACUAGCAAUUCAGCGUUCACCCCGAUCAAUUCAAUGCCGCCACACUUGAAUACACUUAGCCAUCAUCCUAUGGCGCAGCGUCCGUACCUCUACGAUGCUAUCAGCUUCCAGAAUAAAAAUGUCAAUCAAAAUAAUUCCAAUUCAUUUCCAAACCAACUGAUAUCACUUCACCAAAUUAGGAACUAUGCGCACCAACCGGCCGGUCUGAUGGCGGGCGAACAUUUACUCGGCGUUAGUGUGGGACCGGGUAAAGAUAAAGGAUAGCUAUAUUUUUAAGUGCGAAAGCACGAACGAUUUGGGGUCGAUUACUUAGAUGUACUAGAUGAAUAUGUGAACUAAGGGCUGCUUUAUUUGGUGCGAGCAUUUUUGUGAUGAAUUGAAUAAUGAUUAUUUUUAAACUAAAAUUCAAAUCCUGUAAUUAAGAAAACCAUAAUGCAAAAGUGAAAAAGCGUUAGAAAAGGUCGUGAAAGAAAAAAGAACAUAUAUGUACAUGUGGAUCAGAAAAGUUAGGCGAUUAAACGGACUUACAAAAACUGGCCAGAGGCAGAGAAAGUUUCUUUUAUAUUUAAUUCUUGGAAAAAUAAAUUGGUUUUCUGUGGUUAA